CUUGUUUCUGGCACGUAAAACUGUAAGAUGCUGUCAGGUGGGAUGAAAUAAAGGAUGUAGCACAGGGAGAACACAGCACUGUUUCUUCGGUCACCGUUUUGCAGGAAAUGAACGCGGAUCCACCUGGAAGCCGUUCAGCGCCGUCGUCGGCGGGCAGGUGUCGUCGCACCGUUGAAGCGGCAUUUCAUUUUGCAUCGCCGCUGGCUGCGAUAUAACGUGAAUGCUAGGCUGUAGAAACCUCAGGAUGAAGGAUGUGGAGCAGUUCUCCUGUCCGUGGAUCUGUGGAGGACUGUCACGCCACAGCGGCUGAGUGAGCAGACUAUGUUAACCCAGGCCAGCCCCCAGACCUCGAGGCUCCCCCGGACCAGCAGACACCGAACCAGCGUCUUUGUACACAUUCGGUUUGGUGCCUGUUUGCCCUGCUGUGUUAUUUUGUCUGUACCAGGUCGUGUGGACCACCAGCGACCUAGCAUGACAAAGCACUUCUGUGGCCUGCUAACUCUUCAGCCAAAGGAUGUUUGUCUUAAGUGCACCCAGAUAGAAGUGCUGAGCCUCUUCCUACAUAUAAUGUUGUGAACUGCAGAAUCACAGCUGUUGUUGCAUCUCACAUCAAGGACCACUGACUGCACGCAUAGCUAUGAAUGAGAGGUUGCUGCAGGGGGACCUCUUCUGAGUUUAUUGUGGAUUUCUGAUGAAUUGUAAAGGGGACAGAGACGCCUACAGUCACAUGGCUGGACCUUCAGUGGAAUCAGUCCUUUCCUUAUUUUGCUUGGAUACCUCCUGAAAGGCUCCCCUUUGUCCCUGGAAUAAAAAUAAAAAACAGCUGGUUUGAGUUGUCUCUGUUGAAGUUUACCAAAGCGUUUCUGUUUUUGUGCCACUUUGAGACUCUGUGAUCAUGCACCGAAGACAGAAGCCUUACUGAGAGUCAGGUUUACACCGAGUCGCCAUGCCUAUCAGGAAAAAAGACACAGCUCGAGCCCUUGCACUUUUGGAGGAAUACUGCACUAACCUGAGGAAACCGGAGGAGCAGCAGCUCAAAACUGCCAUUCAAAGAGUGAUGGGGAUUUUCAAAAGCAACCUGUUUGAAGCUCUUCUUGAACAGGCCGGCAGCAGUACACGAGCCAACCCACAAUGGCCAGCCCCAACCCUGCAUGAACCCUGCCCUGAUGAACUCUCCCUGGUAUCACUACCAAGAAGACGACUCGCCCCUGCUUGACCACGGGUUCCCACAGCUCAGCAGUGGGCUUCGCGCUCCUGAGCUUGUCCAUGUUUCACAGAAGAACCUGUCAGAGAUUGAAAAUGUGCACGGCUACGUGUCCCAUUCUCACAUCUCUCCUCUCAAGGCCAACCCUGCUCCCAUGAUCAUCAAUACAGACACGUUGGAGUCGCUUCCUUAUGUCAACGGCACAGAAAUUGAAUAUGAGUUUGAAGAAAUCACCUUAGAGCGGGGUAACUCAGGGUUGGGCUUUAGCAUCGCUGGAGGGACAGAUAACCCCCAUAUUGGUGAUGACCCCGGCAUCUUCAUUACCAAGAUCAUCGCUGGAGGAGCUGCAGCAGAGGAUGGACGCUUGAGAGUAAAUGACUGCAUCCUUCGGGUGAAUGAUGCUGAUGUGUCUGAAGUUUCCCACAGUAAGGCGGUAGAGGCCCUAAAGGUCGCAGGUUCUGUUGUCCAUUUGUAUGUGCGGCGCCGCAGGCCUAUGCUAGAGACAAUCAUUGAGCUCAAGCUAAUCAAAGGACCAAAAGAAAAGGUCGCCUCUGAACUCUUGUGUCUGUCUGCACAGGUGAACCACUACAGUCUGGAGGACGUUUCUCAUGAAGAGGCUGUGGGCAUUUUGAAGAACACGUGUGAUGUGGUCACUGUAAAGGUGGGGAAACCCACCAGCGUGUAUCUAUCAGAUCCCUAUGGGCCUCCUGAUAACAUGCAGUCUUUUUCUCCUGCCAUGAAAAAUCACGUCUCUUCCCCCGUCAACACCGGCUCUCUGCAUUACAAGCCCGACCUGCCCGUGGCUUCCCCUGAGAGUUACUCACCGCCUCCUGAGCCAGUUUACAGCACUGUGAACAAACUAAGUGACAAAGCGCCCUCCCCCCGACACUAUUCCUCAGUGGAGUGUGACAAAAGCAUCUUCCACUCUGCCCCACUCCCUAACUAUAUCUUAAGUCUGUUUCCUGACUUGGAUAUCACCAGGUACUUUCUGCACUACCUUUCUGCACUUGAACCCUUAAUGACACUCCAGACCUCUCUGCUGGAACCCAGGAAGGUUGUGCUCCACAAGAGUACCACGGGCUUGGGCUUCAACAUCGUAGGUGGUGAAGAUGGUGAGGGCAUCUUUGUCUCUUUCAUCCUUGCGGGAGGACCCGCUGACUUGAGUGGAGAACUGAGGCGAGGUGACCAGAUUUUAUCAGUCAAUGGCAUUGACCUACAAGGAGCCACACAUGAACAAGCAGCUGCAGCCCUAAAAGGAGCAGGACAAGUGGUCACCAUCAUUGCUCAGUACAGACCUGAAGAGUACGGACGUUUUGAGGCCAAAAUCCACGACCUGCGGGAACAGAUGAUGAACCACAGCAUGAGCUCCGGGUCAGGAUCCCUGCGAACCAACCAGAAAAGAUCCCUCUAUGUCAGAGCACUUUUUGACUAUGAAAAGUCAAAGGACAGCGGCCUUCCCAGCCAAGGGCUCGGCUUCAGGUUUGGGGACAUCCUGCAUGUCAUCAACGCCUCCGAUGACGAGUGGUGGCAGGCUCGCCGUGUGACUCCACAUGGUGACAGCGAGGAAAUGGGCGUCAUCCCAAGCAAGAGACGGGUGGAAAGGAAAGAGCGGGCACGUCUAAAGACUGUUAAAUUCAACGCCAAGCCGGGGUCGUUUGAGUCCAAAGCGUCAUUCACUGACAAACGUAAAAAGACUUUCAUCUUUACACGAAAGUUCCCAUUCUACAAGAACAAAGAUGGUGAGCAGGAUGGCAGUGAUUCAGACCGAAGUCAAGAGGAAGUGAUUCUCUCAUAUGAACCAGUGAUGCGUCAUGAAGUUAACUAUGCCAGACCGGUCAUCAUCCUGGGACCCAUGAAGGAAAGAAUCAACGAUGACCUCAUAUCGGAGUUCCCAGACAAGUUUGGAUCCUGUGUGCCGCAUACCACUCGACCAAGGAGGGACUACGAGGCUGAUGGGCGGGAUUACCACUUUGUGAUGUCGAGGGAACAGAUGGAGAAGGACAUCCAAGAGCACAAGUUCAUCGAGGCUGGGCAGUAUAAUGAUAAUCUCUAUGGAACGAGCGUCCACUCUGUCAGAUACGUGGCUGAGAGGGGUAAACACUGCAUCCUGGAUGUUUCUGGAAAUGCUAUCAAACGACUACAAGUAGCACAACUCUAUCCCAUCGCCAUCUUCAUAAAACCGAACAGGGCGCUGAAGCUUGAGCAGGAGUUUGGUGAAUUCUUUACAGCACUGGUUCAAGGAGAAACCUUGGAGGACAUUUAUACCCACUGCAAACAGGUCAUAGAAGAACAUUCAGGACCUUAUAUCUGGAUCCCCUCAAAGGAGAAAGUAUAAUAGCUCAUUAUGCUGGAAGGCAGUCUGGACUUUUAGGAUCUAGUAAUAUGAAAACUGUUUGGCAACAAAUAGUGUUUAUAAAUACAUAUUGUGAAUAAGUUGGCUUUUUUUAUUUGUUCAUUUGAUCUUGUGUUUGAUUAUUGUUUGUUUUUCACUUAACCUAAAUGUUCCUGAAUGUAAACCACAAAAAUGUUAUAAAGUUUUAGCUCACAAUGUAUAUUUGCUUUUUUCUUAUUUAAACAAAAAGGAUAAAAACAAAAUAGAUUUGGGAUAUAUAGCUGCAUUAAUACAAAGUGGAAGGUGGCAUGUAUGGUGCAGAUAUCUUUGCUUUGUCAGCAAUGGAGAGAAACCCGGUGACUGGACAUCCUUACUGUCACUGCACACUGCAACUAGUAAAUACUGCUGAACACUG